AGGUAAAAAUACCCUAACGCCUCUGGUUGACAGUAUUGGCAGCUUCAGCAAAAAGCACAAUUUUAAAUAAUAAAAUAAUCAAAUGACAAAAUGCUUUCAAAUCUUGUGGUGACCAAUCAAAAAGUGGUCCUCAUAAUAGAUGAGCUAAAUCGGGAGCGCAUUGCCCCCAAGUUCAUCGGCAGCUUGCUUCACGAACAGGGACAGGGGACAGAUACAAUCAAGGCCUUGCCCACCGGCGUCAGUCUGAAGCACGUGGCCACCUUCGAAUCGCUGAUCGACGAGUGCGCCAACCAUAACAACAACAACACCCCUGCCGGAGAAGUGGGCGACGUGGAUGCGGUUACUCCGGGAUCGAAAUCUACCGGCUUCAACGUCAUCCUGCCCACCUUGGCUGACCUGCUGUGCUAUCAGUCGCCCGCUUUUAUUUUUGGCUUCCUUAACCGCCUACGUCGCUCGGAGCAUGUGCGUCGAGUGUUCCUCUGGGCUUCCCCGCACCAUCUGCAGCAUCCUCAUGCUGCCUACAUUCUGGCUGGCUGCGAAUACUUGGCCAAGUUGGUGCUCCGCUUGGAAACAGACAAGCUACUGUCCAUAAUAUCACGCAAGCCGGGCGGAGGAGUUACAAACAGACGCUUCUCAUGCCAGGUCAGCAAAACCCAGUUCCUGGUGACGCCGGUGGACGGAGGACUCCCGGCAGGUGUCUCUCCCAAGCAGCCCUCGCCAGAGGCAGAGCAAACCCCAGAACCGGCCAGCAGCACCUUUAAGAUCGAGCUCGACGAGGAUGAAGUGGUUGCUCGCAAUGCACUUACCCUGCCAUACGAACGCACAAGCGAGCCGUCCGAGGGAAACAUUAUAUACACGCCCGAUGCCGACGACGACUUUGAUGAGGAGGAUCCUGACGAGGAUCUGUGCAUCUAGGCUACCCGCCACCAGCGAACGGCAGUACAAAUAGCCUUGGCUUUAAGUCUACUUAAGUCUAACCUACUAAAUACAUAAAAUACCUGGAAUUCCGGCCCCAAAGUUCAGCCAAGGGGUGUGUUCAACCUCGAAAGAGAAGCAGAAUGAAUCUUUGAACGACCAUUUUUAGUACAUGUAGAAUUGCUCAUUUAUUUUGGAUAACUUGAUAUGUGAAUCAAAAAAUCGAAGAAACUUUGUGAAUACAACUGAUUCAAUUGUUA